ACGAGGUAAAGGGUUUUCCAGGGAUGGAAUCAACUUGCUUUGCUACGAAGAGAUUUUGAAAAAGGGCGAAAAGUGGACGUGUUUUGAUGUGUUGUAAGUUGGCCUGAAGUCGGAAAUGUGUCACGCUUAACUCUUGCUCCGUGUUACAGCGAAAGGACACGUUAAUUCGUCUGGGACAGAGUCAUAAAAUGGAAUGUGUGUCGGCGUAGUUGAUCCCCUGCAUGCUGCCGUCUGAAGAGCAGUGAGCAUGGACGUGGAAGAAUUUCCUCCCCCGCCUCCUGAAAUGUUGGCGGACGGCGUCUCAUUUGCAGAUGGAGAUGAGGGAGAAGCCUUCGAAUUUGACGACAGCGGUGACGACAUCCUCGAGGCUGAUUGCCCGCUCCCUGCACCUCCAUCUCCUCUGGCACCCAGCGGCGAGGAUCAGAGCCAGGACGACCCUGUCGCCAGCUACCCCGAGGGCCUUCUCCCCGUCCCGGACUCCGCGGCACCGUCCUCCAAAUCCGACGCAGCUCCAUUACCGGCAGACGGAACAGUUGCCACGAGCAGAUCCACGUCAGCAGGUGGGGCGACGGCUAAAGCAGAGGAGACAUCUGCUGUCGAGGAGCCUGAUGACAGGGAGGCAGAUUUACCGCCACCUCCACCUCCACCCCCACCUCUUGACGAUGGCACGGAGACAGAUCCUGGAACAACAGGCGGGGAAGGCCAGAAUGAACCCACCGGUGACCCUCAGCCUCCGCCGGCCGCCCCCAGAACCUCCUCCAAAGUCAACCCCUACUCUGUGAUUGACAUCUCUCCAAUGCAGCCGGAGCAGCCGGAGCAGCAGCCCGGGCCCUCCUCUUCCGCUCCCUCACCGGUGGAGCCCAAAGAACAGGAGGGAGAAGGCCAGGAUAUCCACACCAGCCCUGUUGACAUCAGCUCUGGAUACUCAGUGCCGGUGCCAUGCGGCUAUGCAACCCCCUCGGGGGUGCCUCUCAUCACACCAGCGUACACCACCCCAGUCGUCUUCCGACAUCUCUCCACGGAAGACGAUGGGACGGUGGUCGGGACUGGCUGCGCCUCUGUGGACAGCGUCUUCAGUGAGGAGUACCCAGCGAUCAGAGAAGAGGAUGCUUUGGCGAAAUGGGCAUCGGAUCCGGCCAACACUGCAUGGAUGGAAAAUCCAGAUGAGGUGAUUUACGAUGACGUGCCCAGAGAUAACUCGGACUCCAACACAGAUCCUGAUGAGAUGAUCUAUGAUGACGUGGAGUUCGGUGAGGAGGGCGGCUGCAACAGCUCCCUCGACAAUGGCUGGAGCUCUAGUGAGUUUGAAAGCUACGACGAGGCCAGCGACGGGGAGGGUCGCCCUGAGAACGGCCUGCCCCACGCCUUCAUGAGAGGGAAGCCCCCCCAGAGGAAGACCCAUCUCUCUCAAGAUCUGACACGCUUGAAAGAACACUAUGAGAAAAAGAUGAAAGAUCUAAUGGCAAAUACAGUGGGAACGGUAGAGCUGCAUCAGCUAAAACAGAAACACGAGCAGAAGAUGCAAAAGCUGGUGAAGGCAGCGAAGGAAGGGACCAAAGACGGGCUUGAGAAAACCAAAGCUGCAGUGAAGAAGGGACGCUCUUUCAUCAAAACCAAGUCAUUUUGUCACGAGAGGAAGUCGGCCUGUUUUGAGGAUGAGGAAUCUGAACUCUUCAUUGAGGUGGACUGUUUCAAUGUCGAGCCGGUGCUGUGUCCAGAACCAGAGGGUCUCUCACAGCAACAGCUUGUGAGACGAUGCAUAUUGGCGUCAAUACUGGAAAGUGAGAAGAACUAUCUUGAUGCACUCAAGAGGAUAUUAGAGCAAUAUGAGAAGCCCCUGUCCCAGAUCGAACCGAGGCUGCUGAGCGACAGGAAACUGAAGAUGACCUUCUAUCGUGUGCGUGAGAUCCUGCAGUGCCACUUCCUUUUCCAGAUUGCCCUGGCCAGCCGCGUGGCUGAGUGGGACAGCCUGGAGAUGAUUGGAGAUGUUUUUGUGGCGUCGUUUUCAAAGUCCAUGGUGCUGGAUGCCUACAGUGAGUAUGUGAACAACUUCAGCACUGCGAUGGCAGUGGUAAGGAAGACGUGCGCCUCCAAACCUGGCUUCCUGGAAUUCCUCAAGCAUCGCCAGGAGACCAGCAGUGACCGAAUAACUUUGUAUGGACUGAUGAUGAAACCCAUCCAGAGAUUCCCACAGUUCAUUUUGCUCCUUCAGGACAUGCUGAAGAACACUCCAGUAGGCCAUGCAGACCGUCUGCCUCUGCAGAUGGCCCUGACCGAGCUGGAGACUCUGGCUGAGAAGCUCAAUGAAAAGAAGAGGGAAGCCGACCAGCGCUGUGAGAUCCGUCACAUCGCAAAAGCUAUGAACGAACGCUACCUCAACAAGCUUCUGAGUAAUGGCAGCCGCUACCUGAUCCGCUCAGACGACAUGGUGGAGACAGUUUACAACGAGCGCGGUGAAAUCAUCAAAACCAAGGAGCGACGCCUCUUCCUGCUCAACGACGUGCUCAUGUGCGCCACGCCCAACAUCCGAUGUCAGGAUGGCAGUGGGAGUGGGAGUGGGAAUGCUCCAGACCAGAAGUUCCUGCUAAAGUGGAGUGUACCAUUGAACUUUGUGGAGGUGCUCGAGUUUGGAUCCAGUGAGGACAUGGCCGACCAGAGCCGCUACUCAGCCCCUCAUUCGGGGGAGAAAGUGGUGAUCAACGCAAAGCCAAACAAACUGUACAUGGGUCCCGGUCAGCUGUACCAAGACCUGCAGAACCUGAUCCAUGACCUCAGCCUGGUCAACCAGAUCUCCAGCAUGAUCGGCAGCCUCAAAGGAAACUACCAGAAUGUAAAUGCCACCGUGGCCCAGGACUGGGUAUCAGGUCUCCAGAGGCUGAUACUGAAGAAGGAGGAGGAAAUCAGGGCGGCGGACCGGUGCAGGAUCCAACUCCAGCUGCCUGGCAAACAAGACAAGGCGGGUAAACCCACGUACUUCAGCGCAGUGUUUAAUACACUCAGCCCUGCCGUCAAACAGUCAUGGAUCAGUAACUUGCAGAUGGCCAAGCUGGCUCUAGAGGAGGACAACCUGCAAGGUUGGUUCUUUGCAGAGGAUGAUGGGAAUCAGAUCAAAAAGCAGAAACAUCCUCUCCUGCUUCGUCAGAUGCCCGUGGUCAUGUCAAAACUGCAGGAGUUCAAGGUGGAGUGCGCUGUUCACAAUCCGGAGCCCCACAUCAACACAGAGAGCACUGCAGACAGUCCUGCCGUGGGCCAUGGAUGUGUCUGGGUUGCAAGCUGCACCAACCAGAUGGGCCAGAUAGCCAUAGUGGCCAUGCAGAACUCCAGCCCUAAGGUGACCGAGUGUUUCAACGUGGAGUCCCGCAUCCUCUGCAUGGCCUUCGUCCCGUCUGGGCCGCUGCAGGAAAAUGGCGAGAGCAGCCACGCUGCCCUGGCGAAGGCCAGCGAUACCCCGAGUGUCUGUCUGGGCAUGGAGGAUGGCAGCAUCAUCGUGUAUAAGAGCAGCCAGCGCUCCAAGAAAGUACGUCUGCAGCAUUUCUUCACCCCAGACAAGUCCACGGUCACCAGCCUGGUCUAUAGGAAGGACUAUCUGUACGCCGGCCUGGUCAGCGGCUCCGUGGCGGUCUAUCCCAGAUCACAAGAUGGUUUGUGGAACUGCGACAAGCCCAAGUUACUGAAGCUGGGGGUCCUCCCUGUCAAAGCCAUGCUGGCCGUGGAGGAACACCUCUGGGCCUCAUCAGGCGGACAAGUCUUCAUCAUCAGCACCCACACACACUCUGUAGAGAGGCAGCUGGAGGCCCACCACGAAGAGGGCAUGGUGGUGUCCCACAUGGUGGUGGCCGGGGUGGGCAUCUGGAUCGCCUUCAGCUCUGGUUCCUCCCUGCGCCUCUUCCACACAGAGACCCUGGAGCACCUGCAGGACAUCAACAUCGCCACACCUGUCCACAACAUACUGCCUGGGAACCAGAGAGUGUCGGUGAGCAGCCUCCUGGUUUGCCAUGGGCUGCUACUGGUAGGGACCAACUUGGGAGUGACUGUGGCUCUGUCUGUCCCCAGACUGCAGGGCAUCCCCAAAGUAACAGGUCGGGGUAUGGUGUCAUUACACGCUCACAGCGGUCCAGUCAAGUUCCUCACCGCGGCCGCUGCAGUGUGUAACCGGGCUUCUGGCCCGCCGUCCUCCUCCGCUCCUUCUUCGCUCCAGCCGACGGAGCCACAGGACGUGGACGGCACCCCGGCGCCCCCUCAGGGACGAGGCGGCGUUUGGCUGGGAGAGGCGGGCUGCACCUCCAUGGCCCUCCAGGACUCCAUGUCCACCUCGUCCUGCGGCUCCCUCAGUCCAUCCCAGGGAUCCCUGGAGCACGGGCCCGAGGACGGGGCCCUUUACGACGUGCUCCACGACCCGGCCCACCACCAGAGAGGCCGCCGCUCGAGCAAGGUGGACGUCAGCUCUCUGCUGGUGGUGUCCGGGGGUCUGGGCCACCGCAGGGUGAACAAAAAAACCAAACAGUCCCGCCACGAGGACACCACCUCCACCAUCAUGAUCUGGCAGAUCCCAUUACUCAACAUGUGACACCAGCACCGCACUGGUAGGUGGAUGGAAAACAUUUGAUCCAUCGUCAGAAAAGAAACAAGUUUCCGAAUAAGAGUCUCACCUUUUAUCCUUCAUCUUUAUAGGUUAACCCACAUUCUCUCGAGACAAUAACACUUUGGGACACACACACACACUUGGGAUCAAUCGAAACAAACUAAAUGUCUUAUUUAAACCUGAACUGUAUCUCUACAACAUUCCCAGGAUGUUUCUACCGUAAAGAACCACUCAAACAUGAUGAUGCAAACAAAUAAGGAUAUACUGUACUCGUUAAGGAUUUACUUGUUUGAACGGCCUCUAAUGUUGGAUGUUGCUCUGUAACACGUUUAAUAGAUUUCACUUUGACUGUAUGGGGCUGCAGUAUUUAAAUAAGUGUUGAAAAGCAUUAAGCAAUGACUUGAAAGGCUCAAAGAGAGGUUCUUACUUUUGUACCGGCUUGUCCAGAGAAAAGGGAUUUUUUUUUUUAUAAAAGAUGAAAUACUGUAGUGAUGACUGAAGUAGUUCAGGAAGGCUUGGAUUGAAUCCCUGGCUGGCCAGGUUUCUAUCCAUAAAGGGAGGAACGACUUGUUAUCACCAAGAACGACUGUUGCUAUACUUCAUUUUUGUUUCUCACGUAAGGAUUAUAAAAAACAAGAUGAAAAGAUUUAUACUUUUGUCACACUUUUUAUGUACUUAUGUAUAUUAACAAAUCCAUAAACUGUUUUAUUGAGAAA